UCUUUGGCGGCGCUGCUUCGCUGGUGGGCGGCCAUGUUGGGCACGGGGAUUAUUUUUCGCUCUCUUUCUUAGCCGCCACAAUACGCUGAGGGUGUGCGGGGGGCUUUUCCCGGAGUUCUCGGGAGAAGCGGCCUUUCCCCGCUUUUUAGGGGAGGCUGAGGAAAAGGGGAGGGUCUGGGAUCAGCGGUUUGCAGGGUGAGACCACCCCCCCAUCAUCCUUGGCCUGCUGGUGCUUCACCUUCGCUGAGAUGGCAGACACGGACCUUUUCAUGGAAUGUGAGGAGGAGGAGCUGGAGCCAUGGCAGAAAAUCAGCGACGUCAUCGAGGACUCCGUGGUGGAGGAUUACAAUUCCAUAGAAAAAAAUCCCACAGGCGGGAACGCCGCUGUCCAGCCGGGCGGGCAGUCGCUGCUGCUGGCGCAGAGCCCCGCGCCCGGCCUGGGGGCCGUGGUGACGCAGCCGCUGCUGCGGCCGGUGCAGCUGAUGCAGAACGCCAACCACGGCACCAACCCGCCCGCGGGCACCCAGCCCAUCUUCAUCACCACCCAGGGGUUCCCGGUACAGAACGUCCGGCCUGUGCAGAGCCCCAUGAACCAGGUGGGCAUCGUGCUCAAUGUCCAGCAGGGCCAGACCGUCCGGCCAAUCACCCUCGUGCCAGCCCCAGGUACCCAGUUUGUUAAACCAGCAGUUGGCGUUCCCCAGGUGUUCUCGCCGGUGGCGCAGGUGCGGCCGGGCAGCGCCGGGCCCGGCCGGCCGGCCACCAACGCCUUCGCCACGGUCAUCCCGGCCACGCUGACCCUGCGCAGCACCGUGCCCCAGGCCCAGGCGCCCCAGCAGAUGAGCAUCGCCAGCUUCGUGACCGUGAAGCGCCCGGGCGUGCCCGGCGAUGGCGGCAGCGGCGGCCCCGAGGUGGCCAAGCUGGUGAACACGCUGGGCACGGUGCCCUCGCUGGCACACGGCCCCGCCGCGCUGGCCGUGCCCAACAGCAGCCCCGGCAGCGCCCAGCGCGGCCCCGCCAGCGAGGCCUCGGCCUCGGCCGCGCCCCGGAAAGGCAGCUCCUCUCCCAUUCCCAGCCUGGAUUUCCAGGACGGGGGACGCAAGGUCUGUCCCAAGUGCGACUCGCAGUUCCGCGUCACCGAGGCGCUGCGGGGCCACAUGUGUUACUGCUGCCCGGAGCUGGUGGAAUUCCUGAAGAAACGCAAAUCCCUGGAUUCCGAGCCUGCCCCGCCCUCGGCCAAGGCCCCCUCCCCUGCCCAGGGGGCGGCCCCGGCCCCGCCCCCGACCCCGCCCAAGGCCGCACCUGAGCCAGGUGAGGGCGGGGCCGACCCCGCCCAGGCCAAGCUGAUCAUGCUGGUGGAUGAGUUCUACUACGGGCGGGACGGGGGCAAGGGGGCAGCUGUGCCACCCUGCCCCAGGGUGCCCACGUCCUUCCGCUGCCCCCACUGCACCAAGCGCCUCAAGAACAACAUCCGGUUCAUGAACCACAUGAAGCACCACGUGGAGCUGGACCAGCAGAACGGGGAGGUGGACGUGCACACCAUCUGCCAGCACUGCUACCGCCACUUCAGCACGCCCUUCCAGCUGCAGUGCCACCUGGAGAACGUGCACAGCCCCUACGAGUCCAGCACCAAGUGCAAGAUCUGCGAGUGGGCGUUUGAGAGCGAGCCGCUCUUCCUGCAGCACAUGAAGGACACCCACAAACCCGGGGAGAUGCCCUACGUCUGCCAG